GGCAGCAGGAGGAUGUAGUUCACUUCCCUCUGCCGCUGGGCCAACAACACACUGCUCUGAGUCAGGUUUCUACCGGGUGGAGGAUUUCUUUACAACUCCAAAAUGUUGGCCGACAUGAUUCUGGAGGAAGAGUUCGAGAAGAACGGAGAGCCGUGGUACGACCCGCAGGAGCUUCAACACGACCUCCAUUUGGCAGCGGAGCUGGGGAAAACCCUCCUCUCCAGGAACCACGACCUGGAGCAGGCCCUGCAGCAGAUGUACUCCACCAACCAGGAGCAGCUACAGGAAAUAGAGUACCUGACCAAGCAGGUGGACCUGCUGCGCCAGAUGAACGACCAGCACGCCAAAGUGUACGAGCAGCUGGACGUGGCUGCCAGGGACCUUGAGCAAGGCAACCAGAGGCUAGUGCAGGAUAACCGUGUGGCCCAACAGAAAAUCCACAGCCUGACCGAGAUAAUCGAAGGGCUUCAGACCUACAUGGACGACCUGCAGACCCAAGUUGACGAUCUCAAGACCGCGCAGGCAGAGCGAAACAAGAGAGAGCUGGCAGAGCGGCGCAACCUGGGAGCCCAGAGUGUGUCAUGUCUCAAAGAGCUGUAUGACUUACACCAGAGCAGGUAUCCAGCCCACGACAGUCACCUCGUGGACGGACUCUGGCUGCCUCAGGACUCUCUCUGUGACCGAAACGGACACCAAGACCCAGAGGAGGAGAAUGAGUCCCUCCAGCGCUCCAUCCAGACCCUUCAGAGCCAGAUAUCCACGGAGCGGAGUCGCAGGGAGGCCGCCGAGCGCGAGAUCGAGCUGACCCUGAGUGAGAACAGAAGCCUGGAGCAGCGGCUGGCCCUGCUGACGGGCUGCCGGGCCAGGCAGACGGAGCUGGAGGCUGAAGUAGAGCAGCUCCAAGUUCUGUGGCGAGCCGACUGCGCCAAAGGUUUUAGAAGACCUGAGCAGCUGCUGCUGCCUGACACGGUGUUCUUUGGCUCAGAAGAGCAGCCCGGCUCAGAGCAGGCUGACACGGAGGAGGAGGUAGAAACAAAUGUGGAACAGAAGGCACACGGCCGGCAGAGGUGCAACAGCGACAGCGUCGUGAGAGCGACAAACUCUGACGAAAUCCGCCGCCGUCACGAGCAGCUGUGCGUCAGGCGAGCGGAGGCUGUGAAGCAGCGAGGCAUCUCCCUGCUCAACGAGGUGGACGCACAGUACAGCGCACUGCAGGUGAAAUAUGACGAGUUGCUGCAGCGAUGCCAGCAGGCAUCAGACGGUCUGAGCCACAAAGCCGUCCAAACGUCCAGCGCCACUUCCGCGGGCACAAAGACCCGCCGCGGCCGGUCCAGCAUGGCGUCUCUGUCCGACCCGGCGACGCUGCCGGAGGACGGCCAGCAGCCGGAGUACAAGGCUCUGUUCAGGGAGAUCUUCACCUGCAUCCAGAAGACCAAAGAGGACAUCAGCGAGAGCAGACGUCCGGACGCGGCCGGCGGUUCUCAGGGCUCUGCUGAAUGACUCGUCCUCCGUUGUCCUUGGUACUCGCACUCAUCUGUAGCUGUGAAGAGUUUCGACAAAGGAGCGGCUGUGUAAAAGAGUGCGGUCCGAUCCUGCCAUAGCUUUUGUUAAUCUGCACUGUUCCUUAAAUUCCAUCCCCUUAAAAAAAAAAAAAGAAAACAAAGUUAGAAAACUACAUAUGUAAAGCAGCUAUAUGAUAUUCAAUAAGAAUGUAUUCCAAAAAAAAGCUAAAUGAUUAAAAGAUAUUUCUACCUUGGUUUUUAAAUGCUAUCAGCUCCUCAGUAUAUAGAAAAGCACAUUUGUAUUUGUUUCUUGUCCUCAAAACCACAAGUAUUAAGUCGUCCAACAGAACUCAGUGUUUAUAUCGUGGUAAACCUGUGACCUCUUGAUCUUUUGGUGUAUUUUGAAGAUGAAGCAAUAUGGAGCAGAGUUCUGUGCAGAUCGUGCUGGACGGUUCUGCUCUCAUCCACAACCUGUGUGAACGGAUUUGUUGGAAUGUUGUAAUAAGAUGGAAAACUGAAAUGAUGUUAAAAAAAGAAGAGACUUUAUGAUUAGUAGCAUGAUGGUGAGCGUGAGCUGGGUUCUGUAAGUUUGUAACAGGUGGCUUAUGAAUUGAUGGUCAUUUAUCUGUCAACAUAAAAAUCUAAGUGGACGUCAGAAAGCUUAAUUUCAAGAGCUAUCUGUUUUUAAGUCCUUAACUCAUGUCUGCACAAAAGGACACAAAAAGUCUGCACUUUUAUGACUCAUAUGAUUCAUAAUGACUUGGCAUUUUUUUAAUUUAUUAACGGGGCUUUAGAGAUAAUUAAAUGCUUAUUUAUUGUCUUUUUUGGCUAAAUGUUCUAAGAUUGGUCAGUUGACUGGAAUAAAUAUUAAAUGUACACUGGGCUGCUUUUUGUAUGCUGUGAUUAAGUUUUUGCACAGGUGAAAAAUUCUCCUUAAAGUAAAUGCAAAGCACAAAAGAAAUGUUUUCUAGGUUGUUGAUUACUGUUGUGAUAUUUCCUCCAAAUUUGCCACAUCUUGUUGAAUCAAAGAAAACUUGGAUCACAAAUGGUGUUCAUUUGGAUUUGGCGUCAGGAUAUCUCAAGUUCGUCCAAAGUUUUGUUCUUUGCACGGAUGUUCGUGGACUGCUGUUUGACAAACAAGACAAUCCUCAUCAAGCUUUAACAUGUUGG